UUUUGCUUACAUAAAAGUGUUAAAUUAUUUGAGUUUGUUCCUUUUUAUCAUUAAAGCACGACCCAUUCUUCAUUUUUUACUUUGUUGAUGAUACUUAAACUUUUGCCACCCCGCGGGGAACAACGUGAAUUACAACGGCGGCACAGAGCCCGGAUGGAGCAGCCAUUGGGGAAGUGUACAGGUCUUUAACGUAACUGAAGAGGGCUCUCUCUGUGGAAUAAAAAAAGAAAAGACUAAGUCAGGGGGCGGCCGAAGACAGAAAUAUUCGAGAUCCCAAGAGUCCCGCUCGGCGACGCAUAUCAUAACAUUGAAAAUCCGAACAAGGACUUUACUGCUUCAGGACAGUAUCUGAGUCGACUGACUUGAACUGUGGAAGUUGGGAUACGUCCACACAGCGGAAAAUACUCAGCUGAGCCUGCGCUACAACUGCUAGCCACACGCUAAGCGGCGCUGCUAGCCACAUAGCUAACUGCAACUGAGCUGUGAACUUACUUUCAAAUCACGGGGGUUGAAUUUCAGUCUCAAGCUCAGGCUCCGUGAGAAUCCAGGGACUUGCUUAAUGAAUUAUGUCUACCACAAGCAUUGACCCUCAGAGAUCAAAGGGACAAGCAUCCAAAGUGCAAAAUGGUUCACUGCAUCAGAAGGAGACUGUCCAUGACAAUGACUUUGAGCCAUACCUUACUAGUCAGUCCACUCAGAACAACAGCUACCAGUCCAUCACCGAUCCUUACCUGUCCAGCUAUUAUGCUCCUUCCAUUGGAUUUCCAUACACACUAAGUGAGGCUCCCUGGUCCACAGGUGGGGAUCCUCCUAUUCCAUACCUCACGCCCUAUGGACCCUUGAGUAAUGGAGACCAUCAUUUCAUGCCGGACACAGUGUUUGGCCAGCCAGGGGGCCUGGGAAGCAGUAUCUACCCCCACAGGUUUAACUUUUUCCCUGAAAACCCUGCCUUCUCUGCUUGGGGCACAAGUGGGUCCCAGGGCCAGCAGACUCAAAAUUCAGCUUAUGGUGGCAGCUACAGCUAUCCUCCAAGCUCUCUGGGGGGCACUUUGGUGCCUGAUGGCCAGACAGGCUUUCACAAUGACACCCUAAACAAAGCCCCUGGUAUGAACAGCCUGGAGCAGGGUAUGGUUGGGUUGAAGAUUGGAGGAGAUGUUACUGGUCAAGGGUCAGGAGUCAAGGCUGUAGGAUCUGUAAUUGGUGGAGCAGCGGUGGCUGCCGCAGGAAAUGGAGCCACAGCUAUAGGAAUGCCUCCCACUAAACAAACCUCUUGGGCCGCCAUUGCCAGCAAGCCUGCCAAACCACAGCAGCUGAAAACUAAGGUGAAGCCAGGUAUGCCUAAUCCAGGGGGAGCUCUUCCCCCACCACCCAUCAAACACAACAUGAAUAUUGGAACUUGGGACAAGGGCCCAGUGACUAAAGUAGCCACAGCUCCACUGCAGCAACAGCAGCAACCUCUUGGCCUGUCUCAUGCCAUGCCACCUCAAGGCCCCAUGCAGCAAGGACCCAUGCAACCCCCUCCUCCCCAGUCUUUAGUGCAACCCCCAAUGCAACCUAUGGCCUUACAGCCCCAUACUCCUCAUCACCAGCACCAUCAGCCACCACCUCAGCCCUACCAAAAUCACACCCAGCCCCCUCAACCCCAGACCCGCUGGGUUGCACCACGCAACCGAAACCAAGGCUAUGGGCAGGGUGGCCUUGGCCAUGAUGGAAGUGGUGUGAUGGGUGUGGUUGGUGGUGUGAACAAUGGCCCUCAAGCAUCUGCUUGUCAGGGUUCUGGUGGAGAGUCACACCCAGUGCUGGAAAAGUUGCGUGCCUCCCACAGUUACAACCCCAAGGACUUUGAAUGGAACCUGAAGAACGGUCGUGUUUUCAUUAUUAAGAGCUACUCCGAGGACGAUAUUCAUCGCUCCAUCAAGUACUCCAUCUGGUGCAGCACGGAGCAUGGCAACAAGCGGCUGGACUCAGCCUUUCGGGCCAUGAAUGGUAAAGGUCCCGUGUACCUGCUGUUCAGUGUCAAUGGCAGUGGUCAUUUCUGCGGUGUGGCAGAAAUGCGUUCACCAGUGGACUAUGGGACCAGUGCUGGGGUUUGGGCACAGGACAAGUGGAAGGGCAAGUUUGAUGUGGACUGGUUGUUUGUUAAGGACGUGCCUAAUAGCCAGCUGCGUCACAUUCGCCUGGAGAACAACGACAACAAGCCAGUAACCAACUCCCGUGAUACGCAGGAAGUUCCUCUGGAGAAGGCUAAGCAGGUGCUCAAGAUCAUUGCCACCUACAAACACACCACCUCCAUCUUUGAUGAUUUCUCUCAUUAUGAGAGGAGGCAGGAAGAGGAGGAGGAGGUGCGCAAGACUUUUGAACCUGCUCAGAUACAGAACCGCUCCCGAUUGGAUCAGGAGCGCCAAAACAGGAAUAAACAAUAGAAGACAUUAAUCCUUGGCUUGAUCAACAGUUACACUAGGACUUGAUAUAAAGACAGAAGAAUAUGAAAAUGCAACAAAGCCCUUCAUUUUUGUUUUCUAUUUAAUCCUGGUGAAUCUCUGCCAUUGUCAAGACUUGUGCUUUUUUCCCCCCUCCAUCCACCACCAAUUCUUGUGCAGGGAUAACAAGCUGAUUAAAUGUAUCACCUAGCGGCCACCACGCUAUAUAGAUCAGUUUUGUUUUAAAACACAUUUUCGUCACGUUCUGUCAUGUACUCUUCUCUCUCCAGACUGGUUUUCUCUCUUUUGCCCCAAGCCCCCUCUCCUUUCCAAUUGAAUCAGGGUUUGACUGCACCAUGGAGUAAAAAAAAAAAACAAAAAAAAAUUAUA